AUGGCUACCACAGUUGCCGAUAAUGUUGCCCUUGAUGCUUCCGCCAUGGACGAUCUCAACAGCCCCGAGGCCAAGGCACUCCUGGACACGAUUGACAAGCUGCGUUCUAUCAACGUGGGCGACAUCAUCAGUCUCCCACAGAUCAUUGUCGUCGGCGACCAGUCCUCGGGCAAGUCGUCCGUCCUAGAAGCAAUCUCACGCGUCCCUUUUCCUGUCAAAGGCGAUCUCUGCACGCGUUUCGCCACGGAGCUGGUUCUCCGACGCUCUUCCUCCUCCUAUGUUCAUGUCACCAUCCGCUUCGCCAAGGGGUCUUCGGGAGAUCAGGAGCCCUUCCACCGGGAAGAACUUGACCUCAGCCGCCUUCCAUCCCUAAUCGAAGAGGCUACGGAACGCAUGGGCAUCCGCCCUGGAUCAGAUGUCGGCUUCUCACGAGACGUGCUGCGCAUUGAGGUUUCCGGACCCGAUGUCCCAUCUCUUACACUCGUAGACCUUCCCGGUUUCUACCACUCUUCAACGGGCGAGCAGUCUCUCGAGGGCAUCAAGGUUGUCAACCGCCUCGUCAAGAGCUACAUGGCUCAAGAACAGAGCAUCAUUUUGGCAGUGCUCUCGGCGAGCACGCAGCUAGCCUCUCAGCGGAUCCUCGACGAGGCCAGGGAGCACGAUCCCAAGAGACUGCGUACACUAGGCGUCAUCACGAAACCCGACGUGCCAAAGCCAGGUCUCUCUAACGAAGCCAAAUACCUCCAGCUCGCCAGGAACGAAGAACCAAGGCACCAGCUCACCCUGGGCUGGCACGUUCUCAGGAACAGGGCCGAAGACGAGGGCGACGUGACGGCCGAUGAACGUGACGCCACCGAGGCCAAAUUCUUCGAGACGGGUGCUUGGGCGUACUUCCCGCCUGGAAACAAGGGCAUUGGCAGCUUCCGGCGCAAGCUGGGAAAGGGUUCUUCUCGGCCAUAUCCAAAGACGCUGCCCGGCCUCGUGUCGGCCAUUGAGCGUGCAUCGAGGACAGGAAGGCAUACUCAAGCAGCUGGGCUAGGGAUUCUCUACGCAGCCGAGAUGCGAGCGACCUCGUCGACAUUGCGGAGGAGUUUCAGCGCAUCGCGGGACGCAUCACGCGUUCCACCAUAUCCUGAUGACGAGGGGCAUGAGCCAGCAGAUUCUUCGCGGCGGCCCACCUGGCGAGACGUCGCCGUCACAGGACGUCGCUCCGCCGCGGGGCAUCUCCAGGAGGCAUUGGAGUAUUUCCAGUUUCCCGAGCCAGAGCCCGUCUUUGAAGAGGCCCUCAAGACAGAGAUGGGGGCUCUCGCGGCCGCCAACCAGGGAAGAGAAUUCCCCGGGUCACCAAACACAGAUCUCGCGAUCCAGAUGUUCCGGCGCAGGCCAAGCCCUGGGCGAGGCAUUGCCGAACGCCACCUGGACGUCGUGACCGAGCUGAGCAAGUCGUUCGUGGAGCAGCUGUUCGAACAUAUCAUCGGUGACGACAAGACGACCCUGGACGCAAUCCUCCACUCGUGCGUGGAUGUUUUCUUCGAAAAGAAAAAAAAGGAGCUUAAGGCCAAGCUGGACGAGCUGCUUUUGCCUUAUGAAGCCGGAUUCGGAAUGCCUCUUGUGGCGGAGUUCAACUCGACCAUGUCGAUAAGGGAGGUUGAGCGGGUGACUGAGCGCGUUGUCGACGUUCUUCAGAAUAUGGGAUCCGCGCUGGCCGAGGGAAUCGUGGAGGGGACCAUGGAUCGCUAUGAUGUCGCUCGCACUGUUCAAAAGACGCCGUCGCUGAGGGAUGAGUUCGGCAUUGACCAGACGAUCGACAACAUGGAGACAUAUUACGAGAUGUCGCGUCGGACCUUCACAGAGAACGUAGCGUACCUCGCGCUCGAGAGUUGUCUGAUCACCCGCCUGCCUGACAUCUUGACCCCUGGCAGAGUCAAUCGCAUGGAAGAUGAAAGGGUCGAAGAGCUCGCCCUAGAGUCAGAGGACGUGCUGGCCGAGAGGAAGAUGGUCCAGACGCAGGCCGAUCUACUGAAGAAUGCGCUCGCAAUCUGUCGGCGACAUAGACCUCGCGGCAGCGGUGGUGGUGGUGCGCCGAAGGAUCGCCAGGGGAGACUGAGCACGACACCAAACCGGGAUCGAAGCAUGGCAGACGCACAUCCCGCGCCGAUGUAUAUUCCCAGCCACCUCCGAGCUUCAACGGCUGAGGGCAUUGCGGCGUGGCUGUUCAUGAUCCAUGGGCUUACGUGUGUAGGAGGCCAGGGGGUACAGAUCGUGUUUCUCGCCGACGACCUGCUCACGUGUGGAACACCCCUUACAUGCUAG